AUGGCAACGCAGUUCCCCGAGGAAAUGGAUGGGGAGGGCACUGCUGCUGCUGCUGCAGCAGACGCUGCUGCUGCUGCUUCUGCGGGGGGCCCUGCAGCAGCAGCAGCAGCAGCUUACUUUAUUGCAGCAAUAUCACAGGAGCUCGACGUAGAAGGCGUCAGGGUUUUAAAUCACUUUUUGGACUCCAAGCAGGACUACUUCACAUUUACCAAGGAGGGAGGAGGGAGAGAUCCUGAAACUCUCAGGUGA